CAUUGGAGCUAAGAGGUCAAGUCAAAGAUUAGGGCCUGGCCUGUGUGGACCAAGAAUCAAAUGUCCAAUGGGCUCUCUUAUUUAGCUCAGCAGUUACGUAUGCUAAAUUUAGGGUUCUUUUAUCUUUGUUGGUUUCAUCUAUAAAAAGAACAUUACGCGUCUCUUAGAUAAUUUCUAGGGUUUUGUGUAAGACCAUCACCGAACAGAAAAACAACGCCAUGGGGAGAAGACCAGCGAGAUGUUACCGUCAGAUCAAGGGUAAGCCAUACCCGAAAUCCAGAUACUGCCGUGGUGUUCCAGAUCCCAAAAUCAGGAUCUACGAUGUCGGCAUGAAGAAGAAAGGAGUCGAUGAGUUCCCUUUCUGUGUUCAUUUGGUUUCGUGGGAGAAGGAGAAUGUGUCGAGCGAAGCCCUCGAGGCUGCUCGUAUUGCUUGCAACAAGUACAUGGUGAAAUCUGCUGGGAAAGACGCUUUCCAUCUCAGGAUUAGGGUUCAUCCUUUCCAUGUCCUUCGUAUCAACAAGAUGCUUUCGUGCGCUGGAGCUGAUAGGCUUCAGACUGGUAUGAGAGGUGCUUUCGGUAAGGCUCUUGGUACUUGUGCCAGAGUUGCCAUCGGACAGGUGCUUUUGUCUGUGAGGUGCAAGGAUAACCAUGGAGCUCAUGCUCAGGAGGCUCUUCGUAGGGCUAAGUUCAAGUUCCCUGGUCGUCAAAAGAUCAUUGUUAGCAGGAAAUGGGGAUUCACCAAGUUCAACCGUUCUGACUACACUAGGCUAAGGCAGUCAAAGAGGAUUGUUCCUGAUGGUGUCAAUGCUAAGGUUCGUUUCAAUGGCUUUUCCUUUCGAACCAUGGUCCAUUGGCUAGGCGUCAACCUGGAAGUGCGUUCAUCUCAGCCACCAGCGAUUAAGAAUGAAGAUGAUUUGUGGUUGUAGAACCGAGAAUCUAGUUUCUGCUGUUUUAUGUUUCGUUUAUGUUGUAAGAGUUGAAGUCAAGGAUCCUCGUAUGAUUACAUUUUGCUUGGACCAAUUGUUUUGUUAUGUGUUCCUUUAUUUUAAUCACAACUUUUCGUUUAUCUUUCUUUGUUCACUGUUGAUUACUUCUUUUUCUUAUCAUUUCCCACAGUUACAGAAAUGUUAGGCUUUUACGAUUUAUCUCGAAUAGUGCUUGAGAUUGAUAUCGUUCACAAUAAGACGCCUCGAGGCAACGUUAAAUUUAUAAUUGAAAAUAUUCGUGAC